GUCAAAAAAGUUUACAUUUGUGAUCACUGGUGAAAUGGUGAAAUGAAAAUAAAAAUUUAUAGUGAAAUUUUUCUUAUCGAUUAAACUAGUUACUACUUACUAGUAUUUUUGAUAGUUGUGAUCUCAAGUGAUAAAAUUUUCCUAGUUUUAGUUUAUAACGGUAAUAAAUUUGAUCUGAAGAGUUACUUGUUAGAAGAAUAUCAUGACGGUCUGAAUUGAUUUGAAUCACAAUGAAAGUUCAAUUGAUUGAAAUUUAGUGAAGUUUAUGGAUAAGUUACUUAUUUGUGCUUGUGGCUCCGCGUAGAGAUGGCUGAUAGCGGACCCUUUGUAGCAAAGCCGGCUAGGGGUUGGCUUCACCCUGAUUCUGUUUUGGCCAGCGAUGGUAUAACAUACGCAGUGCGGUACAUAGGGUGUAUGGAGGUGUUAACGUCUAUGAAGAAAUUAGACUUCGAAACUCGCUCUCAAGUAGCCAAAGAAUGUAUUGCUAGAGUAUGUGCAGCUGCAGGAUUAAGGUCAGCUGAUAAAAAACGUCGCAUUAGUCAGGCAGCAUCUUGUGCUCUUGCUGCAAAGCCUCGAAUGGCUCAUUCAGGUUCAAAUGUUGCGUUAACCGUAUCUUCAAGAGCAAUCACAUUGGCCGCCCUAGAGGGAGGUGAAACUAUUGCCCGACAUGAUAUGCCUCGAGUUUCAUUUGCCUCUGGUGGUGAUCAAGACUCACUAGACUUUGUAGCAUAUGUGGCUAAAUCUGUACCCCCCACUGAGUGGCGUGCUUGUUAUGUACUGGAGUGUGGAGGUCGGCUGGCUCAGGAUGUCAUAGCUACUAUAGGACAAGCAUUUGAGUUGCGCUUUAAGGAAUUUCUUACAAAGCCUACUUCGUUGAAUAUAAAUGGUUCGUCUCACGCGACCUCAGCAGAGGUUCCUCUAGAAGAUCGUGAGUACUACAAUGACAUGCCGGACAAAAUCCCACCGGAGCCGGCGCCGCCUGCCGCGCCCAUCUCUCACCAUCGACAUCCACCACCGCCGCCAUUGGCUUCUCUACCACCUAUAUCUUCUUGUGAGGAAAGUGUCCGUCAGUACGUGAACCAGACGCCCCCACCCCGCACUCCCCCCACCGCAUUGCUACCCAACCAUCAUACAGACAUAUUUGAUAUGCAGCCCUUCACAGCAGCCCCUUUGACGUCAUCGUCGACAUCUCCCGGUACUUCGCCGGCGGGGGCAGAGGCCGAGCCUCUAGGGCCGAGCGCACAGGCUGCUCUACUCGCUAGGGAACCGUGGUUCCAUGGUGCUAUCUCAAGGAGUGCUGCCGAAAAGUUGGUGGUAGAAGAUGGCGAAUUCCUAGUGCGAGAGUCGAGCGCGUGCCCCGGUCAGUUUGUCUUAACGGGAUCUCGACGCGGACAUCACAAACAUUUGCUGCUUGUCGACCCUAAUGGAGUGGUUCGAACGAAGGACCGAGUUUUCGAGAGCGUGCCUCACCUCAUCAAAUACCACUGUACCAACGAGCUGCCGAUUGUGUCUGCUGACUCUGCACUUUUGCUUCGGAAACCUGUUAUGAGAUCCUGAUUGCCGGACACGCAUUACGGACACACGUAUUGAAACGGACAAUUGUUAAGUGUUAAAACUGGACUGUUAACUGCAAGAUUUUAACCUAUAUAUGUUAGAAGUAAAGAAAAUGUUUUGAAGAAAAGUUGAGGGUAGUUGAGAAUAUGUUGACUUUGAGAGGGUAGUUUAAAAUCGAAUAUCUAAAGAGUUGUAAAAUGUCUUAGCUUAAAUAAUUAAAUUUUCCAUCACAUUUGAAAAUCACGAUUCAUCGACAAUUUUAAGUCAAAUACAAGUUUUGACAGCUCCCGAUACUGCUUUAAUCUCGAUUGAUGUUUGAAUACUGGCCUAGUGCCAAGUAAUACUUGAUAUUUAAAUUAGGACCCAAAGUCCUAUUAACUACAUGUACUAUAAAAGUACAAUUUUUGUUUCCAUGGUUACAAAUUUCAAAGGAAUAUAUGCACCCGGUUACCAUGGCGACAAUUACUAUUAGUCCAAUUAAAAAGCUGUAACAGUUUACCAACUAGUUUGUGUAAUCUUAAAAAACGAUUCAUAGAUUUUUUUCAA